CAAUGCGUCGGUUCUAUCCAGCUAGCCGUGAGCCCGUGACCGCGAUCCCCUUCGAGCGGUUCUUUUCUUAGUUUAUUUGGAGUUGAUGGAUUCAUACACUGGCUCACAGUCAUGUAAAUCUCCUUCUCGGCUUCUACGUAUAGAAAUCAGUCAACUUGUAAACUUAUCACUUCAUCAGGAGCCAUCUCAAAGGUCCACUUCACAAAUCAAGAGUCACGGCUCAUCUUACGCUGGCACUUAGCAGCAGUCGCCAUGCGUGGGAGCAAUGAGCCUCUCCUCUCCUCUCCCUCCUCAAGGAACGCCUCUGACUCUCUAGGCAGGCCGCUCCUGCUGCUGGUCACGCUCCUCUCGGCCACCCUGCUCUGCGCCGUCGCUUUCCUCCUCCUCCUCGGCCCCGCGGCUCCGGACCUCUGCGCCGGCUCCCCGGACCCGGCCUCGUGCAACGCCAUCGUCGCGGACGCCGUGCUAGCGUCCCCCCGCGGCGCGCGCUAUUCCAGCCGCCGCCCGGCGCAGGUCCUCCGCGCGAUCGUCGCCAGGUCCCUCGUGCAGCAUGACGCGGCCGCCGCCGCGGUGGCCGGCAUGCACCGGAGCGCCGGUAGCAGCGACGCGAGGCAGCGCGCGGCGCUCGCGGAAUGCGUCCAGCUGAUGGGCCUCGCCCGGGACCGCCUCGCCGACGCCAACGCCGUCGCCUCGGCCGCGGCGAGCGGCGACGCGCGCACGUGGCUCAGCGGCGCGCUCACCUUCUACGCGACGUGCGCGGACGGCGUCGGCGAGGGGCCGCUGCGCGACGCCGUGGGCGCGCGGCUGCAGCCGCUCAAGUCCCUCGCGAGCGCGUCGCUCGCCGUGCUCAACGCCGUCGGCGGCCUGGGCUCCCGCGGGGACGUGCUCACGGAGGCCGUCGCGGAUGCGUUCCCCUCGUGGGUGCCGGCGCGAGACCGCGCUCUCCUUGAAGCGGGCGCGGACAUCAAGGCGGACGUCGUGGUGGCCCAGGACGGGAGCGGCAAGUACAGGACGGUGAAGGAGGCGGUGGACGCGGCGCCCGACGGCGGGAAGAGGCGGUACGUGAUCCGCGUGAAGAAGGGGGUGUACAAGGAGAACGUGGAGGUGGGGAAGAAGAAGCGCGAGCUCAUGAUCGUCGGCGACGGCAUGGACGCGACGGUGAUCACCGGCAGCCGCAACGUGGUCGACGGCGCCACGACGUUCAACUCGGCCACCCUCGCGGUGGCGGGCGACGGGAUCAUCCUGCGGGACCUGCGGGUGGAGAACACGGCGGGGCCCGCGAAGCACCAGGCGGUGGCGCUGCGCGUGAGCGCCGACCGCGCCGUCGCCUACCGCUGCCGCGUCGACGGGUACCAGGACACCCUCUACGCGCACGCGCUCCGCCACCUCUACCGCGAGUGCUUCGUCUCGGGCACCGUCGACUUCGUCUUUGGCAACGCCGCCGCCGUGCUCCAGGGCUGCACGCUGGCGGCGCGGCUGCCGCUGCGGGGCCAGAGCAACGCCGUCACGGCGCAGGGCCGGGAGGACCCCAACCAGAACACGGGCACGUCCGUGCACCGGUGCCGCGUCGUGCCGGCGCCCGAUCUGGCCGGCCGGGAGGUCCCGACGUUCCUGGGCCGGCCGUGGAAGGCCUACUCGCGGACGGUGUACGUGCGGUCCUACCUGGACGCGCACGUGGACCCCAGGGGGUGGCUGGAGUGGGACGGGGACUUCGCGCUCGCCACGCUCUUCUACGGGGAGUACCAGAACGAGGGGCCCGGGGCCGGCACGGCGGCGCGCGUCAAGUGGCCCGGGUACCACGUCAUCACGGACCGGAGCGUGGCCGCGCAGUUCACCGUCGGCCAGUUCAUCCAGGGCGGCGGCUGGCUCAACGGCACCGGCGUACCCUACACCGAUGGACUCUGAUUCAUCGAUCCGUGACGCUGACGCACUAGUUGAAUUCUGACUUUCUGAUAAUGUUCUUCUUGCUUGGUUUGUGCCUGCAUAAAUGUUCGCUGUUCUGUUGGUGCCAGGAACGCAGUAGUGCUGUGUGAUAUUGGGUUGUGGCCUUGUGGCAGUGUGGGCAGUACCUUACAUUGCUGAGCUGCACAAUUCGAACCGUGGUUUUUUUCAAUAAAAAGUGUAAUUUUAGCA